CCGGCCUGGCGCUGGCGGCUGCGCGCGGGCCCGAGGCGCCGCCUGGUUCACGUCCCCAGUCAUACCGACGGUGAUCCCGCGGGCGGAGCGGCCUGGACCUGCUUCCCGCUGGACGAGCGCGCCCUGGUGCGCGUGCGCGGUCCGGACGCUGCGUCCUUCCUCGGGGGGUUGCUGACCAAUGAGCUGCCGCUUCCGGGUUCUGCGGCCGGCGCGACUCCGGCUCCUGCGCGCGCGGGUUACGCUCACUUCCUGAACGUGCAGGGCCGGACGCUCUAUGACGUCAUUCUGUACCGGCUCCAUGAACGCUCCGAGGAGGUGCAGGACUUCCUCCUGGAGUGUGAUAGCUCCGUGCUAGGCGCUUUGCAGAAGCACCUGGUGCUGUACAAGAUCCGGCGGAAGGUCACAGUGGAGCAGAUGCCGGAGAUGCGCGUGUGGGCGGUGCUGCCCAACACCCCUGAGGCCGGUCGGGCUGCGCCGCUGCAGGAGAGAGCAGAAGCCCCCGCCAUCCUCACUCGCGACCCCCGGACUGCGCGCAUGGGGUGGCGGCUUCUCACCCAGGGAGAAAGCCCGGGCCUGGUGCGUGGAGGCCGACUCGGGGACCGCUGGGAUUAUCACCACCACCGGUACCAGCAAGGCGUUCCCGAGGGGGUCCGUGACCUGCCCCCAGGGGUAGCCUUGCCUCUGGAGUCCAACCUGACCUUCAUGAAUGGCGUGAGCUUUACCAAGGGCUGCUACAUCGGCCAGGAGCUGACGGCCCGCACCUACCACAUGGGCGUCAUCCGCAAGCGCCUCUUCCCCGUGCGGCUCUUGGGUUCCCUCCCUGUCGGCGGCGUCACCCCUGGCACCUCAGUGCUGACUGCGUCGGGCCAAGCAGCCGGCAAGUUCAGGGCCGGCCAGGGGGAUGUGGGACUGGCCCUGCUGCAGUCGGAGAAAAUCAAGGGUCCUCUUCACGUGACAACCUCAGAGAGCGGUCAGGUGGCCUUAACUGCGUCCGUGCCAGACUGGUGGCCCAUGACCACCAAGUAG